ACGAUUGAGAAUCAAAUAAGGCGAACCUCUUAUCUCCCUCAAUAAUUUUUAGAAUCUUUUUUUUCGUUAUGGUGGAAAAUGAAACCGAGAAUGAAGCGGAAACUUCUUGAAAUAGAAGAUAAUUUUGAAGCUGGUCCAUCUCAUUCUGAAUAUACGUCUGCGCAUCCGUCCGUCAAGUCGCCGUCGAAAGUUCGGAGUUCUACUUCUUCGGAGGAAAGGUUCGAUGAUGGCUCACAAUCGAAAAGGGCAAAAGUUGAAGACCCAUUAGAAAAUGCAAAAUUGCUUCACCUUGAAGAAAUAUGCGAGGAAAUAAAUCCACGUCCACGAAAAGCGAGAAAAGCCCAGCAGCGUCUGUCGCAACGAGAAAGUCGGAAUUUUUCGCCAACCAAGGAAGGUUUGGAGAAUCUAUUUCAAGCCUGUAAUUCAGCUCAAAACUAUGACGCUGACCACUUCUUGAGCAAAGUGCCGAAAAUCGGCGGAUUUUCAAUUUUGGAUCAAUUUCGGCUGCCCGCAAUCAGGCUUUUUACCAUUGCUGCAAACGCUUUGCGAAGGAGAGAUUUGCGCAAUCUGAGGCUCUUGCUGAAUACAUUGACGAAUAAGUGGAACUACUCGUCGGGCAGGGCCACUGAUAUGAUCUUCUACAUCUCUCAGUAUUUGUACCUCAGAGACGGAUUUGAUACGGUGGCGAAUGAUCUCCUGAUCUUGGGCUCGAUGAAAAAUACUCAACAAGCCAGGUAUUACUUGGUGGAAGCUGCCAGGCAGUAUUUAACUAAUGACUCUCCGGAAUCUGCACAAGCGGCACUGCUGAAAUUCAUGAGUUAUGAAAAGUUGCUUCAUGACUCUUCAACGAUCCGAUCCGAGGCUGCCGUGUUGAGAUUGAUUACAGCUGCUAAACUGCUGAUAAAGUUUAAAAGCGGGUUUCCGGGCAUGGUGGCGUCAGAUGUCAGAGUUUUGUUGGAUCGGACGAGUGGAACCAUCAGUUCUCAAUCUUCCGACAAUAGACAAAGUUCGCUACGUACGUUUGAGGACUGUUUCGAUAUUGAUGAAGCUGAGUCUUUGGAGGAUGCCAUGAAAGACCUGAUUUUAUCUUUUGCCAAGAGUCCCGAGGAAUUCCCUGGAGCACCGUUUGAUUCUGUUGUUCACGUGGCACUGAACUAUUCAUCCGAAAAUCUGAUUGGACCUCUAAUGAAGCUGUGCGCUAAAGGAUUACUUUCCUGUCACUCCAUGCUUGCUAUGAGGCGGAAAGCUGAAGAAUACGCGCUUGAAAACCCGGAAGAAGCCCAGGAACAAGUGGAAAAUCUUACGUCGUACAUCAACAACUCGUGCCCUUUGGAACCAUUCACUAUUACAGACGUUGACCAGGCUUUGAUGGAUUGUGGUUGGGACCCGAGUGAUGAAGUUCGAGCUGAGCGAAAUUUUUCUGUGAUAAUUCAACACAUGAUUCAUCUGACGCAAGAUGGCAACAAGCAAGCGUGGCGUCGAUUCUGGACCCAGGUGUUGGAGUUCAGGGAUUUGUUGGAAAGCGAGUAUUUUGGGAAAUUCCAGGGCAGUGUUUUUAAACUGGAGUGUGUGAUGAAGCGUGGGAAUGUGGAGAAGACGGGAGCCGUGAAGAAAUUCUGGAAGUUCUUCAAAACCGACGAGCUCUGCUUUCAGAGCUUGGAUCACGCUGAAAAUAAGUUUGGGAAACUGAAGAAGCGGCAUCGCGAGAAGCUCGCUUUGUUGCUGGAAAAGAAGGAAUGACUUCUUGUGUUGAAGAUUUUUGUUUUUGGGUUAUAUCGAGUCCGAGUUACUACCUGGCGAUGUUCGAAAAUGUUUUCGAGAAGCAUAUCUUGAUGGAAAAAGUGUCAGGAUUGAA